AUGGAGGAGAAUAAACUGACGUACCCAUCCUUUGCGCCAUGGGACAUCACGCCUGCCACCUUCACGCAACUUCUCAACCUCUACCCGACCACGCUUAAAGAAGGCUACAAGCGCAAACUUGUCGCAAGCCACGCACGGAGAUACAAAAAACACCCGGAACGAAUGAACAAGGAAGAUCCUGUCUUCGAUAAACAGACGAACGAAUAUUUGAAAAUGGAUGAGUGGAGGUAUCAGACCAUACCGCGGGUGUUGAGGGAUAGGGACGAAGGAAAGGAGGAUGGCGAGAAGAAGAAGAAGAAGAAGAAGGGUACCAUUCAUUCGAAGCAGGGGAGGAGCGGUGAUUCGUUGUUUAUGAACAAGGAAGAACUCGUGCAGUUGAUGGAAUGGAAGCUUAAGCACGGCCAAUACCGUCCUGCGCUGGCAGGAAUGAUUAAAACCAACAACCCCGAGGUCGUUCAUAAAACAACAUGCGACGCCUUUAAAGCUCUCAUCGACAAGACACCUACGCACGAUUCUUUGGAAGAAACCUUCCCCAAGAAAAGUCAAGAUAUUUUAGUGAAACCUCUCCGCGCUGUGGGUCCAGCAACAGCCUCAUUGAUUCUCGCCGUGGCUACAGAGGGCAAAAAGAACGAGAUUCCAUUCUAUAGUGAUGAUAUAUAUUGGUGGCUAUGUCUUGGUUUGUUCCCUGGCUCCGAGAAGAAUCGGUACAACGACAAGAAAGCUGCGAAGAGUAUGAGGGACGAUGGACGCUUAGACGUGAAAUAUAAUAUGGAGGAAUAUCGGGAGUUGUACGAGGAGGUUUUCAAGCUGAGGCAUAGAUUGAACCAUGGUGAUGACGAGAAGGACCAGAAAGAAGAACCCCGUCAGUUCAGUUGCGCAGACGUCGAAAGAGUUGCAUACGUGCUGAAGAAUUUUGACAUUUCUGGCUUUCCCAAUGCGGCUGAAAUUCUGGAGCAGUAUGAGGCCACCAUGGACGAAGCACGGAUUGAUCAAAAUCCUCUAGGAAAGAAGAAAAGCCGCCACGACGACGAUGAUGAGUCUGAAGAACGGGGCGGGAAACGACAAGCUGGGUUUGCGGAGACCGGGAGGGGAAAGAGAAAGAAGGUAUAG